AUGUCGAUAAGACAUUCAUUACGCCUAUACCUAAUCGUUAGAAGUUCGUUACUUGUUCAGCGAUCAAAUUUUUCGCGUUUCGAAGUGAGUUUCAAUUGGACGUUUUAGCUAAUCAUGAUUUAUUGCAGGUAAACGCUUGCAAGGGAAGAUUUUCACGUGCAAUGACGACCUCAGCAGUCACAAAUGAACGGAAGCAGCCGUUGGAUGCGCUUCUUCUGAAUAAAAUCGAUACUGAGCAGGUAUUUUCAUAAUAAAAUUGACUUUUUGAAAGAUUCGAAUGUGUUUGACAAAAGAUCAUAGUUUUUUUAUUAAAUUUACAGUUAUAAAACCAAAGUGUUAUCAUUUUUCGAUUUCAGGAUGCUUUCCUCAGCAAAUAUCCGCAGUACGACGGUCGCGAGAUCCUCAUUGCCAUACUCGACACCGGCGUCGAUCCGUCACUUCCCGGAAUGCAAGUGAGUUCUUCCCUUUUUUUUUGUUCUGUCAGAUCAAAAAGUUGACUUUUCGAAUAUUUGUACGUUACUCCACAAAGUACAACACUAUUUGUCUAAGAGUGUUCUUUAGCCGAAAUUUUCCCAGGCUCUAAGCCGACCGGUUUCAUCGCUACACUGAGUCAACUCAUAUAAAUCGCAGGGCAAAACAUAUUUGUUCAAUAUUUGCCCUCGAGAUGUUCUAUGAAUAGCUGAACGCUUGAAACAUCAAAAUAUUUGCUUGUAGGUUACCUCGGCUGGAACCCGAAAAAUGGUGGAUUGCAUCGACUGCACGGGGGCCGGCGACGUCGAAACUUCGACCAUCCGAUCAGUCGCCGAGGGGAAACUCGAAGGCCUCUCCGGACGCAUUCUCAAUGUAAAUUGGCAAGAUUUUGUGGCUUUUGCGUAGUCCUGCAUUUUCAGAAGAUAAUAUGAUGAUUUCUUGAGUUUUUUCAGAGGGAAACUGAGCUCUCUUAUUUCUAAAAACGCCAUAAUAUGUAGUGUCAACGUAAACUGGCAAGAUCCUGUGUGAUUCGAGCUGAAAUCUCAGCUUUAAAGAUUAUAAUUCGAUGGAAGUGUGUCAAAUCUAGCAUUAUUAGACUUUAUUUGCUUAUGCGAAUUUUCUAACGCACAUCCUCGAACGGAAAAGUAGAAUUUUCACCUCGAGGUUCUAUGAGAAUAAAAAUUCAAAAGGAGCUUCUUACGUUUUUAACCUUUUGAUUUUAAACUUUUGGUAACCAUGUCAUCAAGGCUUUUGAAGCCCACUUAACGUUGUAGAAAAUUUUUAAAGUUUAUAGGAGUCGAAGUUGUUCUCAAGGUUCGCAAAAAGUGUGUAGUUUGUCCCAGAGUUUACAGAAUGUUUUGCCAAAUUUUUCUGACAAAAAAAAAUUUGAAAAAAAGGUUCCUUCACUGAGAACUGAGAGUUCAGAUAAUCUCGAGUUUUAAACUAGCAUUUCAGUUAGAAUGAAAGUUUUUUGAUCCAUUAUUCUAGACAUCAACGAAUCAAUUAUCAGCACGAUAUAGUACAUCUAACAAUUUGAAUGUAUAUUUCAGAUUCCUGACUCUUGGGAAAACCCCACAGGAAAGUACCACCUCGGUCUGAAACCGAUCUACGAGCUCUACACAAAAGGAGUUCGCGACAAUAUUUCGGUUCAAAUCGAAAACCGUAUCCAAAUACCUCUGUUGUUCAGAAAGAGAAGUACAACGACAACUAUUAUCCUCUGCAUAAUCAAGCCGCCGCUGAUGCUCUCCGGUUACUCACCACUCAUGAGACGGACGUUGGAGGAACUAGCGAGAAGAUGGUACAGUUAUCUAAGCGGAAAUAUAGAAUAGAUUUCCUUUUAUUAAGCGUUUUUCUCACUUUUCCACUUUGUUCUUUUCGUUGGUACAUUAAAAAAUAAAACCAAAAAUGUCAUAUCUUGAGUAAUAACUUGUAGGGAACCCUUCCUUUGAUUUGAUCUAAAAUGAGAAACAAAAAUAAUUUAUCAUCAACUGGAAAAAUACAGAAAUUUUUUUUUGAAUCAAGUGAAAUAAAACAUUUUUGCAAAUUUUCGUCGACCGGGCACCAGAAAAGGUCUUUUUUUUUUGGAAAUUUUACAUUAUUUAUUUUUACGAUUUUUUUAAGUCGGACAACUGGGACCGCGACGACCAUGCAUGCAAGGUCGAUUUCCUGAAAACCAUGAAGAAUGUGACGGAUGUCGGACCUGUUGCUGAUGUCCUGGCGUGGCAUGACGGCAACACCUGGAAGUUUGUCUAUUUUUUAGUUUGAUCUUGAAAAAAUAUAGAAAGAGGCGCGAAAUGGAGAAAAAAAAAGUUUUUCUCGAAUAAUUAACCGGGUAAAGGUUAGAAGAGCACUUCUAAGUAGUGUUUUAGAUAGUUUUUCAAAUUUCAGUUCUCAAGUUAAUUCAUCGAUCAAAAAAAUUGUAGGAAGAUUUUUACGUUUAAAAAAAGGUAAAGAACACAAUAAGACGGGAAAUAAAAUUAUCGAAUAAUCGAAAAUAAUAUUGGAAGUUACGGUAUUCAACAGAUGUUUUUCUCAAAGAAAUUUUUAUUUUUUUCUAUGAAUUUUUUUCUGGUGAUUUUUGAUCUUCUUCUUCCUACGCCUUGUGAUUUUUGGUAAAGGGAGCGAAAAAAACGUAUUAUUUAAAAAAAUGAAAAAGAAGUUUCCUUUACUAUUUCAAAGUGAGAACUUAUAGUUUAAUUUACAAUUUUUUUCACUCGUAUCGAAUUUGUGCACGUUAAACAUAAGUUUUUUGACUGAACUAUCCAAAAAAAGAAUUCAUUUAUCUAAUUUUUCUGAAAAAUGCUUCGAAAUCCGUAAAAAUGUCUACCCUUAAACUUUGAAUUAUUCUUUUCAAGAGCUUGUAUCGAUACGUCGUUCCGAGGACGAUUGAAUCUCUGUAAAGUGAUGGGAUCUUUCAAAGAGACAGGCGAAUUCGAUUUCAUCACAGCUCGAGGUUGGCCUGAACCCAGUCUGAAACGUAGUUCGAAAGCGACAAUUUCAGACUCGGUCGUGUACAACUUCAGAAUUGCGCCCGACGGCAACUUGGUCGAAAUCUGUGUGCCCAGCGGCGCUCACGGAUCUCAUGUCGCUAAUAUUGCCGCGGCCAAUUAUCCAGAAAAUCCACAGCUCAACGGACUUGCUCCUGGAGCCAAGGUGAGUUUCAGUGGAUCGAUAGUUUAGGGUGGAAAAAUUUAAGCUUUGUCGGAAACGGAGAAAAGUACAAAAUUGAUAUUUGGCUGGAACUUUUCAUUAAAUGAAAUUUUCGAAAGUUCAUUGUCGAAACUGACCUAUUUAUAACAUUGCGAAUUAAAAAUUACUAACUUUUCCUCUCGUUACUCAUUAACUUCAAAAUAUAUGAAACAUCGGGUCUCAUAAAAUAGCCAGUUUUGGUUAAGUGGCCCUUGUUUUUCUCAUCUUAAUCUUUUCGAAAGUGAGCUUUGAGCAGCUUUCUUGUUUUUCUCAUUUUACUUCGGCGUUCCCUCAAAAAUCUAUCUUCUCUGCACUCUCCUUUCCUUCACCGAUGCGUUCAUAAAAAGUUUGAAACUAAAAAGAUAGAGCCGCUAAGAGAGAUCACAGACACGUCAGACAGUUUCGAGGGAUUUUUCAAAGUCAAUAAAUACUUGAAUAGGUUAUAUCGUUGAAUAUUGGCGACAUCCGGAUGGCGGCCAUGGAGACGGGCCAGGCGAUGACGCGCGCCUUCAACAUCUGCGCAGAAAUGAACGUCGACGUCAUCAAUAUGUCGUUCGGUGAAGGGUCUCACCUUCCAGACGAGGGGUUUUGUGAGGAAUAUCGAGAAGAAGUCGGAACGUCUGUCUUUCAGAAGAGUUAUCGAGGAGGCGAGAAAGCUCAUUGAAAGGAAAGGAGUCAUCUACGUCUGUUCGGCUGGAAAUGCCGGUCCAGCUUUGUCCACUGUUGGAGCACCUGGCGGAACCACAACGGGCGUCAUUGGUUAGAAAUAUACUCAUUAGUUUCAAAAAAAAAAUCUGACUUUCUGAUAACAACAACUUGUCCACCGAGAAUGGAUUAACAAAAUGUUUUUUCAGGUAUCGGAGCAUACCUGACCGCAGAAACAGCAGACACUCUCUAUGGAGUUUUCAACCAAGUUGAAAGCAACAUUUAUCCGUGGAGUUCGAGAGGUCCAAGGUGAGUCAAUAAUUUGGCUACAAAAAUUAUGCCGGAUUCGCUGACAAAGUUGGAACCUCUGAGGAUUUUUUUAACUGUUACUAGAAAGGUGGCAAGGUUGUAUCAUGCUGAAUUUAUCAGCGUUUUGUUGACCCCUUUUGCUGAGUCGUUUCAAACUUGGAAAAAAUGUAUGCGAAAUGACCUCCCUUGUGAAAUCGUGGAUGUUCAGCUGCGACGGCAAAUUGGGAGUGUCGCUGGUAGCUCCUGCGGCUGCCUUUGCCGACGUGCCGAAGUACUGUCGUCACAGCAAACAGAUGAUGAACGGCACCAGCAUGAGCUCGCCCAACGCCGCUGGAACCAUCGGUAGCACUUUUCUCCCUAAUCCUGAUCCGUAAGACAUAACUGCCGCUUGUAACAUCGAUAACUAAAUGUUGAGCUUUGAAAUGAGUUAUUUUUUGAAAUGAAAAAAAAAUUUAAAAUUCAUAGUUUUCCGCCCACAAAGGCAUUAUAGUCUGUUCAGUUUUCAAAUGUCAAGUCCUCGUUGAAGUUCCGCCCCCUAAUGGCGCGAUAGACCAAUCAGAGAGCGAGCCAUCCACAGAGAGUUUUCGAAUGGCGUCAUUCUACUUGACAUUCAAAAUCUGAACAGACUAGAACCAGUUUCAGAUAAGUUAUGUCUAAAAACCCGUUUUGAAACACCUUUAUAUUGUAUUCCGUCAAUUUAGUUGUUGUGUGUGAAAAAUUAUGAAAAAUUUUGAAUUUCGAUUUGAAAUUCUGCUCUUCCAGCCUGUAUGCUGUCCGGUAUCCGAGCCCAAGGGCUUCAAUGGACUCCGUACACUGUCCGACUCGCCUUGGAGAACACCGCUCAGCCUUUGGCUAACAGCGAUCCUUUCUCCAUGGGCCAGGGCAUGAUCAAGGUGAUUCAUCAGUGAAAAUGAGUGAUAAAAGAUCUGCUCCUUCAGAUAUCAUCGGCCUAUGAUAAACUUCUAUCAACCCUUAAAGCGGAAACCUUCCCCAAUCGUCUCCUUCACUUUAAUGUUACCGUCACGGACCUUUCCAAGACUUCUAAAGGUCUCAAAAACUUUUUCCGCUUCAAGAAAUCUUACUUUUGAAGGUAUCUACAUUCGAGAGCCUGUCAGAGACAAACCCCAAGAGUUCACCGUGGUUGUGAAACCGGUCUUCAGAGAUCAAAGUGGUAGGUUUGAGAGUUUGAGCAAAAGUUUUCAUUUGGGACAACGUAGAAAGAAAAGAUGGCUUUAUAUUUCAGGAAUGCUUUCAUUUGGCGUAAUUUAGCUAGAGCCGCAUUUUUAGAGUUUCUCAGUUUCAGAGAUCCAAAAAGAGCUUUAUUUUUGAGCGUGUUUCUCAUCUUAAAUCACAUCGAAUCUUCAACUUUAAGGCGGCUACGGAUUUCUGUAACCAGGAAGACUUAUUUUAUGAUCAUUUUUAGAACUUUCUACAAAUCAUCCUCACUUUGAAAAAAUGACCUCUGGGUUCAUAACUCAAUAAAAAUAUCUGCCAAAGAAAUGAGUUAGAAGGUGCGUAUAUAGCUAGACAAAGUUAGGAUAACACAUAUUUUCCAGUUUUUCUCGCUUUAAAAUUUUCGUUAAGUUCUACCCUUUAACUUUUUUACUUGCCUUAAUUUUGGGGUCUGAAUUUUCAGCCGACAAUGACGAGCAGAUCAACUUUGAGCGUCAAUGUAUUCUGGAGUGCGACGCCGACUGGGUCCAGCAUCCCAAGACCAUGCUCCUUGUUGGAAGCGAUCGGAGCCUCGUCGUGACUGUGGACGCUCGAAAAUUGACCCCCGGCACCGCUAACUACACUGAAGUACGGUAGCCGAAAAAUGAAAUAAUCUUGUUUGCUCAAGUUUGUAAGCUUUUUGCUGAAUGGAGCUCAAAUUUUGGCGCGCUUUGCCUCAAACUCCUUCUCACAUGAGUUUUCAGUUGAAACUUCUAAAAGUUUGUCUGGGUACGUGUAAAUAGAAAAGUUUUCGAUUGAUAUCAGAGAAUAAAGAAGUGAAGUUUAUUAAUAAAAAAAAAUUACAACUGUUUUGAAACACUUCUCAGUCAUCUCUAAUCAAAUAAAUUGGAAAAACUGAACUUCUUCCAGAUCACGGCUUUCGAUCACGCGGAGCCAUCGCUCGGACCGCUUUUCCGUAUUCCAGUCACUGUAAUUUCUCCUGAAGUUGUGGAAAAUGUGGCCAAAGGCUACAUCUCCAAGCUGAAGGGCCGUUCCGGCGUCCCUGAACGUCGAUUCAUCGAGAUUCCCUCCUAUGUGAAUGCCGUCGGUUCGUUCGGACUCGGAAUUAUCGUUUUUUUUUUUUUUAGAAAGCAAUUCACUCUUGUUUCAAGUUGUCAUAGUUCUAUAAGAAACUUGAAAACUAGCUUUAUGUAGAAGAAGAUAUAUCACUGAUUGUCUCGUAGAUACUUUUUGAAUUUUUCAGAAAUAUCUCUGGAGCCUGGAAAUCGAGAGCCACUCGAUCGAUUCACGCUGCACACUGUGUACUUGGAAGACGACAAAUGCGAAAGAAAUACUGAGACUUGCAAGCUUUUCGGACCUGUUGGAGAUACCUGGUCGAAGGUGAUCAACGUCAAGGGCGGCAAGACGUUGGAGGUGAUUAUACCUGACAACCAGGCAGAACUUUUGGAGAUUUGAGAACCCGCGUCGCGGCUUGCGAAACGGUCGAAAUUUAGGCACUUUUUGCUUUUUUCUGUCAAAAAAAUUGAGCGGUUUGAAUCACUGAUGAUUAUGAUAGUAUGACAUCGAACGAAAGCGAAAGCUCGAAAAUUGAAACUGAAGGCUUUCCUUCGAGACCUGGGCUGAUCUCGGAAAAAAGGAACACCAGUGAAGGAAAAUUGAACUUUUGAAGACGAAAACAACGCAAAGAAAAAAAUUUGAAAAAAAAAAGUCUUACGUCCGAUUAAUAGAUAUAGGUCGUUGAGUUUCCAACAUACCAAAGAGAGCAGCUGAAAAGACGGGGCAACCGCAACGCUUCCCUGAGACUCCCUACGCGUGAAGCGGCCACAUUGUCAAAAAUGCCAUUUUUCAUCAUUUUUUCACCAGUUUUUCACCGUUUUAUCGGCAGCUUUGGCUCCAAGGCCAAUUUAAUGAUUUUUAGACCCUAAAUUUUCUGCGUGUUUUCUUCUGAUUCUAUGAAACUGAAAUAUUAUCUUUAAAUUCUUCUUUUUGUAGGUUUGUAUUGUCCGAAGUUGGGCGAGAGGAAAGGAUCCCGUCGAUGUCGAUCUGAAAUUGGCGUUCCAUGGUAUUCAGAAACCGUCAGAAAUUUCACUGGUAUAUUUCUCUAUUAGCUUGCUUUCAUGUCACUCUUGCAGAUCCAUGGUUCUGCAAACACUCCGAUUCGAAUCCAAGCGCCACCCAUCCGCUCAGUUGAAAUUAGUCCUAAAAUCAUGUUGAAGUGAGGAGAAAGUUGAGAAUUUUUGCGUUGAAUUCUGGAAUUUAAGGUCCAUCGUUAUUCCACACAAGCCGACGUCGGCAAAAAUUGAGCCAUUGGGAGCUCGGGACGUUUUUGUCGUUUCGGGACUGCAGAUUCAUCGGCUUUUGCUUACUUACACUUUGAAAGGUAGGUGCAAGAAAACGGCAGACACCAGUUAUAGAGUAAGGUAAACUUGGAGAGAGCAGAAACUCAAUUUUCAGGCUCUAAAGUGUCUAAAGUUCUGCGCGGGCAUGCCAAAAAAAAAAAAAAAAAUUAUAUCCGGCUUAUAAAAUAUUUUUUUCCAGUCACAAAAAGUUGCGAAGUCCGAUUGGAAAUGGCCGGACUGACGCCUUUCCUCUACGAAUCGCCGGUCGACUGCAUCCUUUUCCAGAUCUUCAACGCCAAUAAGGCUUACGUCUCGGCCGCUGGCGCCUAUCCAGACCGGGUUUAGCUUUGAAAAUUUAUCGAGUAGAGUUGGCCGGAAUAAUUGAAAAAAAAAAUUCUUUAAGGCAACACAAUUUCACCGAGAUAAGGCUUCAAAAUGUCACAAAAAUUUUCCCUUUUCAAGAAAACCAUUUUCAAAGUUUCGAGAAUGAAGCUGUUAUCUGCCAAAGUUUCUAUUUCAAGAGAUAUGCAAAUUUUUUUAAAAGUAAAACGUACUUCAUUUUUCUUUUUUUUUUUUCAUUGGAACGCCUUUCCUACGAUUUUUUUCAGGAACUUGAAAAAUAACUCACCACGAAAUGAAAAUUGAACCAUCUCAUCAAGUUCUUUUUUUCAGUACACCCACAAGUUGGAAAAAGGCGAAUAUACGGUCCAAGCUCAAAUCAGACACCCGGAUGAUGGAUUUUUGGAAAAGUAUCGCGAUGCGCCGCUUUUGUAUGUUUUGAAGUGUUUCUCCUUGUUUUACCGUUUUUUCAAGAGUUCACGUGAAGUUACCGUCGCCUGUUGAUCUUCCCAUUGCUAACAAGCCGUCGAUUGCUGCUUCUGGAAAAGGUUUUCAUUUUAUUAUUAUUUUCAAGCGACUUAUAAGUAAUUUUACUAGAAUGAAUUGAAACAAAAAUUACAUUUUUCAGACUCAAAAUACGCGAACAAAGGCCUUAUGCCCAACCAGGAAAUGACAAUCUACGUUGGAUCCUUGGCGGAGGACAAGUUUGAGAAAAUCUUGAGACAAAUUUGGAAUUCAGUACUUUAGAAUCCCUAAGCUGAUCAACGCCAGUAGUGGAUCCUACUUGUUGGGCGAGUUUACCGUAUUGAGCGGCGAUUUGAAGGUUUUUUUUUGGAUGAAAUAAGACGUGCGGAGCAGUCUCAGUAGUUUGAUGUAAAGUUUAAAGCUAAAGCUCCAGUUUUAAAAUAACUUUGAAAGCAAAAAUGGACUUCAAAAAACUUUAUAUUAACUCUCAAGCUUCUUUUAAUCAAUAUAUUCAAAUAAUAGGAACUUGGUAUUGAGUUUUCAAACCAAGAUCAAAAAACAUGGCCAGUAAAAGAUUCGACACAAAAAAUGGACAUGCGUGUCGGUAUGUUCACGUUCACUUUACGCUUUUUUUACAUCCAAAAUUUUAUUUCCUCAGAAUGUGGGUACAUUUUUUAUUUUUUAUUAUCCCUAUUUCUUUAAGAUAUUAUGAGAAACAUCUCAGUUUGAACUUUAUUGUUGGUUUUUCCUUUCAAUUUAUUUUCUCUGCACUGUUCAUUCAUUGAUAAACAAAUUCAGCGAUUUACAGAGCGCCGACAAAUCAACGGUUCAUUAUUGGCUUGUUGAGUUCAGCUCAAGACCUUCCAAGGGUUUAUCCAUGGUGACAAUGAAGAAGACUCCCGAUCAGAAUGUUGAAAUGAGCGGUUCGAAGUUGAAAGAGCGCCCAAAUAAGUCCAAUUAUUUUAGAUGCGAUCCGAGACUUGGAAGUUUCUUGGAUCACCAAGCUGAAGGACGACGCCGCGGCAACGCAGCUUUUCGAAUCUUGUCGGCAAAAGUACAUUUUUUUUUAGGAAGAAAUAGCCUUGAAAAAUCAGACGGUUAGACUCUUUUGCGCUCUAAUGACAAUUCUUAAAGGACGAUUUUCAUAACACCCAGAGAGCUCAAAAGGCUUGAGCGUUUUUCGAUCGGCUUUUUUAUUAUGCUUUUGCGAGUAUUCGAGUAAUACGCAUAAACAUGUAAAUAUUUGAACUUUAGGUACAAUGACCACCUCCCUCUUCUUACCGCUCGAAUCAAGCAACUCAUGUCGAAAAAGGUAUAGUUCAAUGAUGAUAAAAGAGCUUCAUAUAUAAUUAGCCAAAUUUUUAAAAAAUUCAAUGAUUAUCUUUCAACCGGAAGAGAAAAAGAGAAAUUGAAAACAUUUCGAUCUAAGAUGGAACCUUCAAAAAAACUCGUGCUUAGAAAAUUAAUCGAAAAAAGAUCAAAACCCUCUUAAAAAUCUGGUUCACAAGUUUCCUCGAUAUCUGCGUUUUUAUUCUCUCUAAUAACUUUUUUUCCUGUUGUCGGACGCGACCCGAACGUUUUUGAGUUUUUGUAGUGAGCACUUAAGGGGGUUAACGCCACCAAAGUAAUCACUAGAAAUGCUUAGAAGCGUCCCGUGCGCGUCCGGUUCGCGUUACCGUUUGAAACAAUAUUUCUUCUUAUGUAUCUUCUUCAGUUCUCCGAGCAAACGCCUGAAGCACUGACGCAGGUCAUCGAAAUCUCAUCCCAGAUUUUGAACAUUUGCGACCUGAAGGAGGUCUUGCAGUACGUCGCGAUGCGGCCUGAAAACACCGACGACCUUUUGGCGAUCGAGAAAUGGGCGGCUCAUAGUACGUUCCACAAAAUUUCGAUUGAAACACCCCUAAAAUGUCGUCAGUUAACCACUUUUUUUCAGCUGGCGUGGAGGAAGACACCAAGGAGACGGCGAAGAAGCUUCAGUUUCUGGAGGAGAAGAAAAACGCGAUAAUAAUCGCGUUGCAAGCCUUGGCGACUGUUGAGCUCGACUGGAAACUGCGAACGUCCAGCAGGACGAUUCCUUCGUCGAUUCGCUAUGGCGCCUUCACUCCUUUGAUUUUCGGAGGGAAAGUUGUGAGUUUAUCAGCAGGAUUGUCGGAAAAGCCUCUAUGUGGAUAUUCUUAGUCACAAAAGCUGGUUCUCUAUUAAACUUAUUCUUUGUUCUUUGGUCCUUUGUAACAUAUCCGAUGUAAAUUUUAUGAAUAGAUUUUCUCCAGGAGCCGCCAGCAAAAGGAAAGAAAGAAGUGACUGACUCGAAAACGAAAGGAGACGCUUUGGACGCGGCCGUCGAGGCGGCCUUGCUGAAGAUUUCGCCAGUCUCGGCCACAGCCGACGUCAGCACCAACAAGGUCCAGCCGAAGACUGGCCUCUGGUACAUGAAGCUCCUCGCUUGGCUCCCGGCCGAUGAUCAGAAGGUGCCCGAUCUAAUCGUCAUCAUCACCACUUUUCGGUUGCAGAACGUCCUGGUGUCGGCCAAGCACGCUGCUCUUCACGGUCAUUGGGGUCGUUGCGCGAAGAUGCUCAACAAGUCGGCCGAAGAAGUGCGCUCUGGCGCCAACGACUCAAGAACCGUUGAUUUGGGCUUGGCGGAGGUAUCUACUCCAUAAAAUUCGAAUCUUUUUUUCCAAUUUGAAAAUUUUUCUUUUUUUUCCUUCUUAUUAUCAACUUUAACUUCAAGGUCUGUGACGAACUCGGCUGGGUGCACCUCGCCACUCAUUUCCGCAACACGAUGCUCGUCAAGAACCGGCCAGCCUACCGUACCUUCUAGUAUUUUAGCGCUUUUUUUCAUCAGCUUAGUCUCCCUCGAAUCUUUGAAUUUUUACGCAUUUUCAUCGCAUUUUCGGGUACCUUUUUCAAAAUAGGACAGGUCGUAAUAUUGCAUGAAAUAAAUAAUUUAUUUUCCAGAUGAUUUGAGAGUUAUCUUCAAAACUGAUAAAGAGUUCGUUAAAAGUACACAAUUUUAAAAGAAAGAAAAAUCAAUUAAGAAGGGGUUUCAUUGGCCGAGACGCAUUGUUGCUUUUUUUCAAAUUAUUUUUCUUGAAGCAUUUUUAUGUUCGAGCAAGAGUUAUCGAGUCAGAGUUGAUAUUGAAAAAUAAAAAGUAAAACUCGAAUAAUAAAUAAAGUGUAAAGUGAGAAGGGAAAAAUCAUUUCUGAGUGAAGCAACAUCGCGGAGAUGCGGCGAAUUUUGAAAAAGAAGAAAAGUCUACAGUUGAUUCACGCCCCAGACUAUCCGAAUGAGAGGUGUCACGAUGAGCCUCCGAAAAUAGAGGUUGAAAAAAGAAAAUCUUCAAGAAUAUUCCAUUUUAGGGUGAUGUCAUAAUGAAAAAAUUGAAACGGAUCAACUUUUCCAAAAAAUAUUACGCCGAGCUUAGCAAAGGCUUCUUGAAAUUUUACGCGUCGACGAAGAAAAGUGAGCUCCAAGCCGAGUACCUCGUUGAUCUGGCCAAGGUUCUCACUCUUUAAACUUUGAAAAAAAAAAUGCCUUCUUGGAAAUCGAUUUUUCAGGUCAGCUUGUCGUUCUCGGAGAAGCGCGUUUUCAUUCAAUUUCGUGUGGAAUGUCGGAUUCUUGUACCUGCUGAUCAAAGCGCGUUCGAUAAGUGGAAAGACGCCUUGAUCAAGCACAGGCUGUACCGUCAAGAAAUGUGGUGA